AUGGGCAAGGACAAGGAACUUCAGCAGAAGCUCGCCAACCACAAAUCUGGCCAGAGCAAUGAGCCGAUGUCCGCUCCAGCUCACAGCUUGACUUUCAACGAUGUCUGCCAGCAGCUUCAGUCCAGCGCAGACGAUGGCUUGACACCAGAAGACGCAAAGAAACGCCUCGAACAAUACGGCAAAAACGAGCUCGACAAUGGACCUGGGGUGAACCCGGUCCGAAUCCUGGUCCGUCAGGUCGCGAACGCCAUGAUGCUGGUGCUUCUCUUGGCCAUGGGCGUUUCUUUUGGAAUUGGCUCUUACAUUGAGGGCGGUGUCGUAGCUGGAAUCAUUUUCCUCAACAUUGUCAUCGGUUUCAUGCAGGAGUACUCAGCAGAAAAGACCAUGGAUUCACUGCGAUCCUUGUCUUCACCGACCUCGAGCGUUAUCAGAAAUGGCGAUGGAAUUGUGGUUCCCACCAUUGAAGUGGUGCCUGGCGACAUGGUUGAACUGAAAACCGGAGAUACUGUUCCAGCUGACAUCAGGCUUUUGGAGGUGUCCAACUUCGAAACAGACGAGGCGUUGCUCACCGGAGAGUCAUUGCCAGUCGAGAAGAAUGCUGAAGAAACCUUUAAUGAAGAUACCGGUCCUGGAGAUCGCCUCAAUGUCGCCUACUCUUCAUCAACGGUGACCAAGGGUCGUGCCCGGGGCAUGGUUUUCGCUACCGGCAUGUACACCGAAAUCGGCACUAUCGCCGCUGCUCUACGUGGGCAGAACCAGCGCGUUCGACAACCAAAGGUCUCGAGGGAUGGCAAGGUCCAUAUCCAUCGCAAGGCCCAGGCUUAUGGUCUCACUGUUGGCGACUUUGUCGGCGCUUUUUUGGGCGUCAAUGUCGGCACGCCUCUUCAACGAAAACUGUCCCAGCUUGCUAUCGGUCUCUUUGGAAUAGCCGUGGUUUUCGCUAUCAUCUGCCUGGCUGCCAACGAGUUUCAGAAUAAUCGCGAGGUCAUCAUUUACGCUGUGGCUACUGGCUUGUCUAUGAUUCCUGCUUCGCUCAUUGUCGUCUUGACGAUCACUAUGGCUGCUGGGACAAAGCGCAUGGUGCAGCGCCAUGUCAUCGUACGCAAGCUCAACGCUCUCGAGGCACUGGGUGCCGUCACAGACAUCUGUUCCGACAAGACUGGUACGCUCACUCAGGGACGCAUGGUUGUUCGCAAGGCCUGGAUUCCCGCGAAGGGAACGUACUCUGUUGGCGAGAGCAGCGAGCCAUUCAACCCGACUAUGGGUGACUUGUUCCACCAAGUAAACGAUCCAACCGCGGACGACGAGGACAGCGAGUACGAUGUGCCUCCCGAGGAGGAUGAUCGCAAGACUUAUGAUCAGCUUUUGGAGAACAAUCUGCCUUUGGAAGAAUUCCUCAAGGUCGCCUCGCUUGCUAACUUAGCUACGGUGUACAAAUCUACUGACCACGAAGGUUGGACUGCUCGCGGUGAUCCCACCGAAAUCGCUAUUCAAGUCUUCGCAUCUCGCUUCGACUGGAACCGAAAGGGCAAGGUCGAAGGAGACAACCCAGCUUGGAAGCUCAUCACCGAAUAUCCAUUCUCGUCGGAUGUGAAGAAGAUGUCCGUAAUCUUCGAAGACACACAAUCGAAGAAGCAGUUUGCCCUCACAAAAGGCGCCGUCGAACGCGUCCUCGAUUCUUGCGUCAAAGUUGACUUAUCUGGCGACGAUGAACUCAUCGACAUCACCUCGGACUUCAAGGAGAAAGUUCUCGCCAACAUGGAAGCUCUCGCAAGUCAAGGAUUGCGUGUUCUUGCGCUCGCAUCGAAGCCAUGGGAUGGCGAGCACGACACAUCCGACGACACCCGGGCGAAGAUCGAGAAUGACUUGACCCUACGAGGGCUUGUCGGUCUCUACGAUCCCCCACGUCCGGAAUCCAGGGAUGCUGUCAAGCGCUGUCACCGUGCCGGAGUCGGCGUGCACAUGCUCACCGGCGACCACCCCGGCACUGCUCUGGCAAUCGCUAAGCAGAUCGGAAUCGUGCCUGAGAAACUCGGCAAUUUGUCCAGUGAGGUCAACCGCAUUAUGGUCACCACUGCAGCACAAUUCGACAAGCUCACAGAUGACGAGAUCGACGCUAUGCCGGUGCUGCCGCUUGUUAUCGCUCGCUGUGCGCCUCAGACCAAAGUCCGUAUGAUCGAGGCACUGCAUCGACGAGACCUCUUCUGUGGAAUGACGGGCGAUGGCGUAAACGAUUCGCCAUCACUAAAGCGCGCAGAUGUUGGCAUCGCUAUGGGCCAAGCUGGGUCUGACGUCGCCAAGGACGCAUCCGAUAUCAUUCUCACGGACGACAACUUCGCUUCCAUUCUCAACGCAAUCGAGGAAGGCAGACGUAUUUUCGACAACAUCCAGAAGUUUGUGCUGCAUUUACUUGCCCAGAACAUCGCUCAGGCUGCAACUCUGCUCAUUGGGUUGGCUUUCAAGGAUCAGACCAAUAUCUCCGUGUUCCCACUCGCGCCUGUACAAAUCAUGUGGAUCAUCAUGGUAACCUCCGGUCUGCCUGACAUGGGUCUUGGUCUCGAGAUCGCUGCGCCGGACAUCUUGUCGAGGCCACCACAGAACCUGAAACGAGGCAUUUUCACCAACGAGCUGCUCAUUGACAUCAUGGUUUACGGCGCAUGGAUGGCAUGUCUCUGCCUCGCAUCUUUCACUAUCGUCAUGUGGGGGUUCGGCGAUGGAAACCUCGGCGCGGGAACCUGCAACGACACUUACUCUGCAGACUGCGACACAGUCUUCCGAGCGCGCGCUACGACGUUCGUCAGCAUGACCUGGUUUUCCCUCUUCCUCGCAUGGGAGCUCAUCAACUUCCGCCGCUCCUUCUUCCGCAUGCAGCCGAAGUCAAAGCUGUAUUUUACGCAGUGGAUUCACGACGUCUGGCGCAACAAGUUCUUGUUCUACUCGGUCAUGUUCGGGUUCGUGUCCAUCUUUGCACUGCUGUACAUUCCUGUCAUCAACCAUGAUGUGUUCAAGCACACUGGGAUUAGCUGGGAGUGGGGUGUAAUUAUUGUGGAGGCCGUGUUGUUCUUUGGAGGUAUCGAGGCGUGGAAAUGGGCGAAGAGAGUGUACCUGAGAAGGCGGGCGGUGAAGAAGGGUGGUGGGCAGAUGAGGAGGUUGAGCUCAGUGGUAUUUGAUCAGUAUGCGGGGAUUAGGCCUGGUGAUGGUGCGCGAGAUGCUGAUGGGGGUGAUGAGAGUAGUGAGCGAACGGCCACUGAGGGGAGGGAUGUGGAGAAGGGGGUUGCGACGGAUAGGGACGUCGAGAAGGGUGGUGCUUGA